GCUAAUGCUGAUCAGCGAAUCCUCAAUGGCUCUGUGUCUUCCGCUCCACAGACUCGGUGCAACAACGUUGAAGGUACCGCGACAGAAGCACGACUCGUGAACUAACGUGACAUAAGAUCUGCAAGGCAGACCCGUUCAGCAUUGUUUCACUGUAUCCAAAGAGGUCUGAUUUCUGCCAUAUUUCGGCUACAUACACAUAUCGUGGAUUCCCUAUAUAGGUACCGUUUCGUUCUGCAGUAGCUAUUGGAUCCACGCCACACUCGUUUCUUGAAUUUCAUCAUCAUGCAUCUAUCAGCCCUACUUUCGUUAACGAUUGCUUCGCUAUGUAGCGCACUUCCUGUUAAUGAGACUGCAGGUAGCUGCUCCAAUCCGCGCGUCAGGAAAGAGUGGCGCACGCUGAACGCUUCUGAACAGAACGCCUAUAUUGAUGCCGUUCAAUGUCUGAAGAGGGCACCUUCCAAGGGGACCGAGGUAUUCGGCACUCUGAAGACCAGAUUUGACGACUUUGUCGCCUUACACAUCAACGCUACGCGAGGCGGUCAAGAUGUUCCCUCACUCGCCAAUGAUCCUGAAUCUGCUGGCAACAUCACAAUCUACGGUAUUCACACGGUUGGUGUCUUCCUACCUUGGCACCGCUACGCCAUAUGGGUCUUCGAAUCUGUGCUUCGCUCCGAAUGCAACUACACUGGUGCACAACCCUACUGGGACUGGACUCUCGACAACCCGUCCACCAACGCCAAUGGCUCCAUUUACACCUCACCUGUGCUGAAGGCUUUUGGUGGCAACGGUUCCGACACAAAUGGUUGCAUAAAGGACGGCCUAUUCGCUGGAAAUACAUCUUUGAACAUUGGGCCUGUCGAAUCGCUGGCGUCAAACCCGCGCUGCUUGACGCGUGCUGUUGACUUUGAUCUGUUUAACGGAAGUACCGGCUGGGAAGACAUCUACCCGGCGACCAUGGAAGCAAAGAACCAUUACCAGCUCCAGGCCUUCAUCGAUGGAUUAAGUUUCGUCAAAGAUGAGGACAAGAUCCGUACAAGCGCAUUCCAGUCGCCGCAUGGUCUAGGACACAUGGCUAUUGGUGGUGAUAUCAGCGACAUCUACUCCUCCCCCAAUGAUCCACUCUUCUGGCUUCAUCAUUGCCAGCUCGACUACAUGUGGACACUCUGGCAGAGCCGCGAUCCCGCCCGUCUGACUGACAUCGACGGCCCAAGGACGAUAGAGGGCUUUGGACCUCCUGCUGACGCUGUCGAGCAGACUACACUAGAUACACCGGUGUGGAUGGGGUUCAUGGCCGAAGAUGUUGCCGUUCGUGCGGUCCUGGAUACGUUGAACCAAGAAGGUGAGGGCGUGCUGUGCUACAAAUAUGAGGACUCACCGUCGGUAGCUGGGCGGGAGUUCUAAGCUCUUGUAACUGAACAGCUAGCAACUUUCUGUACAUGUUAUUCUCAUUCAUCCCUCUCAUAUUGAAGGAUUGGCUAUAUUCUCCAUACUCAAUGUGCCAGUUCGGCCUUGCCGUUUUUCAUCAUCGCAACCCAUCGAGCUUCUUUGUAUAGAACAAGCGCCACGUAUCUACUCACUGCGCAAUAUGAUUAUCAAUCUGAUACUCCUUUUUGUAUCCCUUCCACCUCCUGUUGUUCGUAGUCAACUGAGCCACCAUCGACAUGCUGAGCGUGGCCUGCCUUCUCUCCAACCCCAAACUCUCUUAAG